UAUUUUUAUAAAAUCAGGAUAAUAAUAAUAAAAUGAUGUCAACAAAUAACAAAAUCGAGAGUAUAACGCUCGGGUUUACAACGGCUAAAAGUAAAAAGAGAAUUAGAUCAUUUGUGGUAGCGAUUGGCAUGAUGGUUUUCUUUUUAUGUUGAUCAACAUUAUCAGUUACAAGAAACCAAACAUCAUCAAUACAAGAUACCAAGCAACCUACCCCACACCAUGCACCAAUAAGAAAAGAUCAACAGGAAAAAUUAGAAAGAAAAAAAGUUUUAGAAACCUCACCAGCAAUUAAUGAUAGAAAAACUAAUAACAAUAACAAUGGUAAUAAUAAUAAUAAUAAUAAUAAUAAUAAUAAUAAUAAUAAUAAUAAUAAUAAUAAUAAUAAUAAUAAUAAUAAUGGUUAUAGAUCCAAACCAGCAUCACCAUCUAUUUCACCAAAUCAACAAUUUUUUAAUAAUCUUCCACCACAUAUACAACAACAAGUAAAAAUAAGAGAAAAACAAAACUAUGCAAUUAAUUUAAAAUACGAUUCAAAUGAUGAAAAUGAAAAUGGAAAUGAAAAUAAUAAUAAUAAUAAUAAUAAUAAUAAUAAUAAUAAUGAUAAUAACAAUAAUAAUAAUAAUAAUAAUAAUAAUAAUAAUAAUAAUAAUAAUAAUAAUAAUAAUAAUAAUAAUAAUAAUAAUAUAGAUAUAGAAAUGGAUAAUGAAGAUAGUGGUAAAUGGUAUGGUUAUUAUAAAAAAUAUAAUAUUAAAGGUUGGAAGAAAACGAUCAAAUCUCAAAUCACUCCUACAUCUGGUGAUAUUAAUGCAGUAUUUUCGGUUACAUUAGAUAAUUUAGCAAACUUUGCUUCACUAUCAGGAAUUUUAAUUUUUGGAUUUGGCAUGCCUGCCGACUUGGUUACCGAUUAUUUUAUCCCCGGUCCUGCUUUUGCUGUGAUGAUUGGAAGUAUAGCUUUAUCAAUUUAUGCAAUUAUUUUGGAACAUAAAAAUGACCAUAAAACCACAUCGUUUCUAACUGCAAUCCCCAUAGGUCUCGACUCCCCAUCAACAAUUGGCUUACCGCUAUUAGUUAUUGGUCCUGCAUUUACUCAAGCCAUCAAAAAUGGUCUAUCAAGAGAUGAUGCCACUAGAGAAGCAUGGCUAGUAGGUUGUUGUACCGUCUUUUUAAUUGGUCUUUUUAAACUACUUUUAACUUUAUUGACUUUUGUUCAUCGUCAAUUCCACCCAGUUGGAAAAGCUGCUGCUUUAGCUGGUAUUGCUUUAGCUUUGCUUGGUCUAAAUGAAUUCCUGUACAUCAUUGCUGAACCAGUUGUUGGUCUUGUUUCCCUCUGGAUUAUGCUAUUGAUAUUAAUGCAUCGUGUUAAUAAGAAUGGAACUGUUUUAGGAGUCAACCUACCAUUUAAUCUGUCUGCUGUGCUAGUUUCUGCAGUUAUUGGUACUUCUCUUUAUUAUUUUAUGGCAGGUGUUGGGAUUUCAGUUGAACCAAUGCCAUCAAAAGAAAGUAUUGUUGGGGGCUACAGAUUAGGUUAUCCACAUCCAGCCAAUGUAUUUAAAGCGUUCUCAUCAGCCAUCAAACAACAUAUAUCAAUUGCAAUUCCAUAUGCCAUUCUUGUAAACAUUGGUUCACUAACUGUUUCUGAUACCGCCAUUAGCAUCGGCCAAACAUACAAUACCCGUUUCAUUUUAGCAAUUGACUCUAUUACCACAAUUAUCGGUAGUUUAUUUGGAUCGUCUAUACAAACCACUCCAUAUUUGGGUCAUACAGUAUUUCAUACAAAAUUUAAAGCCAGAUCAGGAUAUUCGGUAAUUAGUGGUCUUGUUAUUGGUUUAGGUGGCUUCUUUGGAUAUUUAUCAUUCUUGUUAAAAGUCUUACCAAAACCUGCAAUUAUGCCAAUUUUCAUUUUCAUCUCAUUCGAAAUUUGCCAUGAUACGUUCCAUAACAGCAAAGGAAUAGAACCACAUCACUCACCAGCUAUUAUAUGGGCCUUCUUCCCGGCGCUAUUCCAAUUUGCAAAUAUUAUAAUAGGUCAAAUAUCACCAGUAUUAAAUAGUGCUGUAAUUGAUAAAGAACUAGUAAAGACUACUUUAAAUAUUACAUCUGAUUCACUUGUAUCAUCUAUUGGUAAUAUUAUGAUAAUGGCACAUGGGUUUAUUUGCACAUCAUUAUUCUGGGGUACUGCGUUAGCUUACAUAAUAGAUAACAAACUAAAGAAAGCCUCAAUAUUUUUAGCAUGCUGUGGUGUUUUAACAUUUUUCGGUAUUAUUCACUCAGUCAAUCCAAAUGGUGAAGUUUAUGUCCCAUGGCAUUCUGGUUCAAAAAUCCCUUAUCAUUGGACUGCAGCAUACUUUUUAAUUUCGUUAAUAACAUUAUUAAUAUCAUUCCUAAAAACCCACCCAGUUCACUUUGACGAUAACCACAACAAUAAAAAUACAACUAAUGAUUUAAUAGAUGAAACAAAAGAAGAAGCAAAAGAUCAAGAAAAUCCAUAUAGCAACACACCUGGAAAAGAAUACUCAAUAGAAAAUAAUGAAAAAAUUAUUUCUUAAUUUUCAAUAUAAAAAAAAAAAUAAUAAAAUUAUUAUUUGUAAAUAUGUACAUUAAUAU